AUGCUGCUCUACGUUUUUAUCAUCGCUUUGGCUUUGCUUGUCGCCUGGUUACACAAGCUAAAUCGGGAUUAUUGUGUAAUGGCAUUUUUCGCCAAACGCUUAAAGACCGUCGAUGGUACGCCGCUGGAGCGUGUCGUGCCACAAGCGAAGGCGGAGACGAUAUUCGGCAACGUUUUCGAUUAUUUUGGCGCUAAUAAUGUUGCACUCUUUGACAGCUGCCGCAUUUCCGCUGCCAAUUUAAAAAAGAGUUACGUGGAAUAUGCUUUAUUUACGACCUUUUACAAUGUUAUAACCGCCGAAGAUGCUGAACUGUUGCUGAAUGACAAGAACUUACUUACCAAAGGUAUUGCAUACUAUUUUUUGGAGCCGUUUUUGCAGACGGGUUUGCUAACAUCAGGAGGUAAAAAGUGGUAUACACGCAGAAAAAUGUUAACACCGGCUUUCCACUUCAACAUACUCGGCCAAUUUGAAGACGUUUUCAAGGAGGAGAGUCAGAAAUUCGUGGAUCAAUGUAAAAACUUAGACAAAAGUUCAAUAACUCUGAAUGAGAUCAUACCGAAAUUUACAUUAAACAGCGUUUGCGAUGCUGCACUGGGUGUUAAAUUGGAUGAGCAACUGGAUGAUCAGCAAUAUCGCGAGAGUUUCAAAAUGAUCGAAGAAGCGUUUAUUGCGCGCAUUAGCAAUCCAUUUUAUAUGAUCGAUGCCAUAUAUAAUGUAUUUAUGGCACCAAAAAUGGAAAAGCAUUUGCGAACAGUGCACGAGUUUUCCAGCAACAUCAUACACAAGCGUCGCCAACUUUUCGCCGCAAAGUUGGAACAUAGUCCCACAGGGCAGGAAAAGGAAGACAACUUUGCCAAGAAGAAACGCUACUCCAUGCUGGACACUCUCUUGCAUGCCGAACGUGAUGGUUUGAUAGAUCAUGCGGGCAUAUGUGAAGAGGUCGAUACAUUUAUGUUUGAAGGCUUUGACACCACAUCGAUGGCGCUCAUAUUUACCUUGAUGAAUCUAUCGUUGUACCAGGAGAUGCAGGAACAAUGUUAUCAGGAGAUUUUGGAAUGCGUUGAAGAUGAUCUGCAAAAGCUGGAUGUAAAUGUGCUGGGUAAACUCAAGUAUCUGGAAUGUUUUAUCAAAGAGACUCUACGUCUAUAUCCCUCUGUGCCGGGUAUAAUGCGUAAAGUGAUGCAGGAUACGAGUCUUGCCAAUAAUGUCUUUCUACCUGCGGGCACGGAAAUAUCAAUACAUAUCUUCGAUAUACAACGUGAUCCCAGAUAUUUUCCCGAACCAAAUAAAUUUGAUCCCAGUCGUUUUACACCUGAAAAUUCUGAAGGUAGGCAUCCUUAUGCUUACAUACCUUUCAGCGCUGCUCAGAGAAAUUGCAUUGGCCAAAAAUUUGCUAUGUUGGAGAUGAAAACUCUGCUGGUCUACAUAUUGAAGGAUUUCCGUAUUUUACCUCUCAUGGACCCCAAAGAUUUGCAAUUUGAGUCUGGCAUUAUCUUGAGAACGCCUAAUGCGAUUAAAAUUAAAUUGCAGGAGAGAAUUUGAGGAAGUUAAAUUUAAAGUUAAAUACAUUAAUAUUCAUUGAGUUGCUUGGAAAAUGAUCAUUCAAAUCAGAGUAUAUAUAUAUAUAUGUAAGUUCCGCUAGAUGGGGCUAGAAAGAUGAUAUUUCGUACUAAAAAAGUUUU